AUGGGGACGGUGCAUCUAACACCCAUAGGCAGCAGCUUCACAUGUAAUUACGUGAAGAAGGUGCGGACCUGGCUGGCAGACUGGCCCACUGGCCGUACCCCAUUCAUCCACGCCCGACUCUACCAGACGCACUGCCGUAGUGCAUCCAGGACGCCUUCACGGCCCCUGGCGAGCUGCUCGGCGCGUACUCCCGCCUCCGAGGGCAUUGUCUGCCGCAUCCUGGAGACACGAGCGACAGCCCUGGUGAAGGACUAUGGCCCCGAACAGGAGGGGGAGCUCACCUGCCUGGAUCACGUCGGUCGCGUACAGGCUCUCCUGGUAUACUCCACCAUCCGACUAUUCGACUAUGACAUCCGACAACGAUGCCUGGCGGAGCAGCUCCCGACACUAUAUUCCUGGUCGCAUGCGAUGCUGGGCCGCGCGGCGUGA